AUGGCGAGGUUUCAGUCUCUGUGGGUCAAAGCGAACUGGACAGUACUUUUGAUUGUGGCCCACUUCUCAUACCUGCUGAUUGGGGCCACUAUCUUCCAGAUGCUGGAGCGGGAGGCCGAGAGCAACAACCGGAUCCACUUCCAAGUGGAAAAGUUGAACUUCUUGUCUAAUUACACCUGCCUGGACGGACAGGCCCUGGAGACGUUUGUAAAGGUGAUUUUAGAUGCCUGGGAAAAAGGAGUGAAUCCCUCAGGCAACUCAACAAACCCCAGCAACUGGGACUUCAGUAGCUCUUUCUUUUUUGCAGGCACAGUGGUCACCACUAUAGGCUACGGCAACCUCUCCCCCAGCACUGUAUCCGGUCAAGUGUUUUGUGUGUUUUACGCCCUGUGCGGAAUCCCACUCAACCUGGUCUUCCUCAAACAGCUGGGCAGGUGUCUCACCAUCCACCUUGGUCGGCUGGAGAGGGGAAUGUUCUCAGUUGUUCCACACAAGCAAAUGGUGGAGGCUCUAGCCGUGAGCUUGUUCUUCAUCACAGGCAGCCUCGUCUUCUUGGUCAUCCCUCCUCUGCUGUUCAGUUAUGUGGAAGGCUGGACGUUCGGCGAGGGCUUUUAUUUCUCCUUCAUUACCCUCAGCACCAUUGGUUUCGGAGAUUAUGUGGUGGGUACCGACCCAGGCAAGGAGUAUAUCUCAUUGUACCGGAGCCUUGCAGGCAUUUGGAUCAUCUUUGCCUUGGCUUGGCUCGCUCUUGUCCUCAACAUGGGAGCCAGAAUAAUGGAGCUUGUUAUUGGCCUGACUCAAGAGGAAGAGGAGAAGGAGGAGGUGUCACCAAGUAAACUAGAAGACGAGUCAAAGACUUGACAGUGGACUGUAGAUGGGAAAGAUUGUGUACAUACUACGGUACAGUGGGGAAGAAGAUGUAGCAGCUAGCAGAAACUGCUUUUGUAAGAUAUUUAUUCCUCCAUAUACUGUAUAUAUGCCGCACGUUAUCUAAAAUUGCAAAAAACGCAAAAUACACCACUAGCUUCGAAUGUUUUCUCUGAAUCUUUUAUUUAUUUAUUUAUUUUCCUGCUGCACCAGUAGAGUAAGGUCUUUUGGUGGAUUUUUUUUAGUCUUUUGGGCCAUUCUCAAACCAGUAGCAAUCACAGAGGGACCAACAUAACCACGUUGGUGACUUGGGACAAAUGUGUUUUGAAGGUCCCUCAGCAGUGUUAAAUCUAUACAUUGUUCAAUUCAUAAAUUGCCAACAGCAAAGAAGAUUUGGCAAUAUUUUCAUUGGCGCACCCCACAUAAUAAUUUAUUAAAUUAUGUGAGUUUCUACUACUAUUGAUACUACCAGUGUGAGUUUCUACUACUAUUGAUACUACCAGUGUGAGUUUCCCUAAAGAAAGUAAUGUUAAGGUAUACAUGUUCGCUGUUUGCCUAAUAUUUAUAUCAGAGUGACAAAGACUACUUGGCAUUGUUGGCGGUCCUUGGUUUGCAAGUAGAAUUACAAAAAGUUUGCAAUAUGAUCACAUGCAAUUCUCCAAUUAUUUCAAAAUAAAAUGAAUAACACAUUUUAUGGAUAAAUAUAGGCAUAAUAUGAAAGUGUGAAGAUGGAAACAUGGGGUUUCUAUCAGGUGAGAAUAACGUAAUGUUUGUAACACUUUACAUUAUAAAUUCCUUCUUGACUAUGUCUGUGUUUAAUUUUGUCGUCCUGUUUUCUGUUAUAUGCUACCAAGCAGCAUUACAAUUGCACAGUGCCAAUGUGUAUAUGUAUAUAAUGUGUGUGUGAUCAUGUGGGCCCACAUCUGCAUUUGUGUACUGGUGUGGCGACUCGAGACCGGAGGGCUACACAAACAUAUCAAUCAACAUGUUGGGGUCAGGGGGAGCUGAGAGCACGCAGCGCUGAUCCCUGGAAGGCCGCUGGAAGCCAGGAGCAAGCCUUUUGCCCGGCAUGCUCGUCAUUAUGUUCACU